UUUACAAAUGAGGCGCGGCGUGUCUCCCUCGGAAGUUUUUGGUACCACUUCGAAGUUGGCGGUUGCUAUGGCUGCGAGUUCAUGCGAGGCUGGCCGCGAGGGAAGUGACGAGUGUGGCUGUUGUUGGGACACGUGACUGGAGCUGCACUGAUCUGUUUUGACAAGCAGGCAGGGAGGGAAGAGAGGAGGGGAGGCAGACUGCGAGCAUCACGACCAGGAGGACUCACUGUUCCUUUCAUCUGCAUUUCUCCUGAAUUAUCCUCGCAGCGACCUGCUCCGGCGGUGCUCCCGCAGUCACCCGGCCUGUCAGCGCGAGCACGGCGGACGUCGCUCGGCCAGCGCUCUCGGAAAUCGCCGCAGUCGUUGCCGAGGCGUCUGAUCGGAGAGGGGGGGGGGGAGUCGGUGCUAUCGGUUGUUGCUUUGAAAAGUUUUAAUGAGGAUCACAAAGGAAGUCGGCACAGGUGGCGUUUCAGACGUCAAGUAGAUGGACGCGGUUCGAGCUUGGUUCGUGGAUAGAAAGUGGAUCGUGUCGGUGCGAUAUCACAGAUUUCACAAGCUGAAAAUGUUUUCGUCGUAGUGAAAAAUAAUAUAAUUAUCAAUAAGACGAGUCCGCCCGUCGUCGCUGUUUAUAGACGAGCUGUGGCUACUUGCGUUAUAUUUGGUGUUUUGCGAUGGUUUGGGAAUCUUCAACCUCCGUCACGGUAGGUUAGUUGGUUGACUUUGCUACCGAGCUAGCGCUGCUGAGUUAGCCAGCAGAGAGCAGCCAGUGUUAGACACACACCGACAUGAACCGCUGCCUAACUAUGCUUCAGGUGCAGGGAUCUGACACGAGCUGUACGAGUAACCUGCUCGCUAGUUAAACCACGACUAGUCGGAUUGGUUACUCGCGGAUUGACAGGUCGGUUGACUCGCGCCUGGCUGUCAGUGGUUAUCAGCUGUCUUUGUGUUAGUCAGUUGGACAAUACAGUGCGAUCCGAUGGAAGCGUACAGUAGCAUGCUAACAAAGCAAUGCUUUGUUGUUGGGUAGGGGGCAGCUGGCACCAACACGCAGGCUUCACAGCUGAUAAUACUGCUUAGGUAAUACAGCAGGUCUCAGUCAACGAGGAGGGGUUUGAGGAGGGGGGGUCCAGACACCGAAGCUGUGUGUGUGAGAGAGAGAGAGACAGAAAAAGACCAAGAAGACCCCCCGCCGGAGACCCUGAAGGCAACCUGAUGACACUGGACAACAUGAAGCCGGAGCGAGAUGCAACAGAGGAGUUUUUCGAGUACGACGCAGAGGAGUUCCUGGUGUUCCUGACCUUGCUCAUCACCGAGGGAAGGACACCGGAAUAUUCCGUGAAAGGAAGGACCGAGGGGCUGCACUGUCCGCCAGCCCAGUCGGCCAUGCCUCCUCUCCACAAGCACGAAUGCAGCGACAAACUGCCCCAGUGUCGGCAGGCGAGGCGAACCCGCUCUGAGGUCAUCCUCCUUUGGAGAAACAGCAUCCCCAUCAUGAUCGAGGUCAUGCUUCUGCCAGACUGUUGCUAUGGUGACGAGUGCCCCCCGAGUGACCCCAUCAGUGACCCGGUCAUCAAACAAGAUGCUCUGCUGCUGGAGAGAUGGACCCUGCAGCCUGUUCCAAGACAAAGCGGUGAUCGUUUCAUUGAGGAGAAGACCCUGCUGUUGGCCAUGCGCUCUUACGUCUUCUUCUCGCAGCUCAGCGCUUGGCUCAGCGCCUCCCAUGGCAUCGUCCCCAGAAACAUCCUGUACAGGAUCAGUGCUGCUGAUGAAGAUGUGGUGUGGCAGUUUUCACAGCCGCCUUCAGAGCACAUAUUUCCCGUCCCCAACGUAUCUCAAAGUGUUGCACUGCAAGUUCGUGUCCAGUCGCUGCCCCGACAGCCCACUUACCCCACCCUGGCCUGCAGCAUCCACACCGGCCUUCCACCCCUUUAUAGCAAGACCCACAGCCUCAGCCCAGACUUCAACAGCCAUGGUGGACUGCCCACCCUCAAGAAGAGCCAGGACCCCGGCAAAGACAACCUCCUCCACAACGCGAACAUCUACAGCAAGAGCUCCAACUCCAUGUCCGGUCUUCUUCUCAACGGCUUACCCAUUCCCAACCUUCCCAUCAACAACAUCCCCAUCAACAGCCUUCCUCACACGACCGUGCCGCAUCCGUUCAGCAAGAAGAGCCAGGAGCCGGCCGACAACCACGCGUACCAGAACGGAGAGCUUCCGCAGGUCAACGUCCCCCAGCGCCAGGGCUCCCCACUGUUCCAGAGGCCUUCCAACUCGCCCACUCCCUCCCGCUCCCACUCCCCCUCUCCGCUGCCCGCCAGUAAAGCAGGGAAGUGGCUGUACUCAGCCCUCAACGGUUCGCCUGAUCCCGCACAAGUGGAGGACUACGGCUCUGGUACCAACAGCAGCGAGAGGUCAAAGGGUCCCCCCAUCCCCGAGCCCCUGCGAGCUUUCAAGAGUUUCUCUUUGGCUGAGCCGCCCCGCUGCCCGUCCCCGAGGCCCGCCGCUACCGAGACAAACCCGCUGAUUGGCUCCCUGCUGCAGGAGAGGCAGGAGGUCAUUGCACGCAUUGCACAAAGGCUCAACUUCUGUGAUCCCACGGCGCCGCCGCUCCCGCCCGGCCUUUUUGCCCCUGACAACCCACCCAAAGCCAUGUGGGGCAGUAACCAUGAAGACAUAACUGCCACUAAGACCAAAGAGCCCGAGGUACCGCCCUACGAGUCUGUGGGACGCGUUUGGAGCAGCCCCUUCAACUCGCCCAUGACCGACACUUCUCUGGGUAAACGUGAGACUUCCUCCCCAAAACCUGCAGCCUGCAGGAAGCUGAGGAUGACUGAGAUGAGAGACAGAGAGGAGGAGAGGAAUGGAGAGAAGGACAGAGACUGGGAGAGAGAAAAAGACAGGGAGAGGGAGAGAGACAGCUCCCUCAUAGCCCAGGCAGUGCAGGACAUCACAAGACUCAUUCAGGAGAGGCUGUCUGUCCCCUCUCUGUCCCCCAUGCACAGCAGAAGUGGCAGCCCCCUUCAUCACACACACACCACCACAGUCACCCACACGGUCCGCACAUACUCGCAUACCGCGCACGCCCCGCAGCCCUCGCAUACUGCCACCAACGGUUACACCAACGGCCACACGCCAAGCCACGAACUUCACAGAGGCGGCACGCACAUCGCCGCCUCACACACGCCUGUUUGCACAGACAAGCCCAGAGUCGACCCGGGCGCCGAGUGCCACUCGCCCGGGGCCCAAAAUGGUGCUCAGUUUACACUUGAAGAACACUCAUUCAGGGGCCAGUCCCACGCCGGUCAGCGUUUACGGACUCCCCCGCUGGAAAGGCGGAGAGUCAGGUCACCCAGCAGCCAUGAAUCGCCCUCCGCCUCCCACGCCCUCGACACCAGCCCGAGGCACGCCCAGAUUUUUAGCUGGAAUCACGAAAAAACCAGCCCAGCCACGAACUGUAACAGAAGCCACGACCCCAGCGGGCCUCGGCCCCAGAUGCAGAAUUGUGCGUUUGCUGAGGCUUGCGGCCUCCAGGAUGAGAACCAGGCCCCCUCGCAGUCUGGAGGCUCCAGCGCGUCCAGUCCAGACAUGACGACUCCGACUGUCCUGAGAGCCCAAAGCCCCUCCCCCCUGCGUCCCUGCAACAGCUGGAAGAAACAGAACCGCCACUCGUUAGAUGCCACAGCGACCAAGGCCUUCCACCCCUGUACUGGCCUGCCUCUGCUCUCCAGCCCUGUUCCUCAGAGGAAAAAUCAAACAGGCUACUUUGACCUGGACACCUCUCUGACUGGCUGUAAGGGUUUGCCUUGGGCCUUUGGGAAAAGGGUGUGUCCGAAGAGAGAGGGAUAUACCGAUGAGUCACAGCAGCUGUUCAGUGCCAGCGCUCCACCUGCCAGUCUCAGCCUGCUGGGAAACUUCGAGGAGUGUGUUUUGAACUACCGCCUGGAGCCUUUAGGAACAGUGGAGGGCUUCACAGCUGAGGUUGGAGCCAGCGGAUCCUUCUGCCCCAGUCACCUGACCUUACCUGUGGACGUGUCAUUCUACAGCGUCUCUGACGACAACGCUCCCUCACCAUAUAUGGGCGUGAUAAACCUGGAGUCCCUGGGGAAAAGGGGCUACCGUGUACCCCCAUCAGGAACCAUACAAGUGACCUUAUUCAACCCUAACAAGACGGUGGUGAAGAUGUUUGUAGUGAUGUAUGACCUACGAGCCAUGCCAGCUGGACACCAGACCUUCCUACGCCAGAGGACCUUCUCUGUCCCCGUCCGCCGUGACACAAACAAUCAGACCAGCAGGAGGCCCCUCGCCCUGGGCCAGGGGCGCACCUUGCGCUACCUCGUUCACCUGAGGUUCCAGAGCUCCAAGUCUGGGAAGAUCUACCUCCAUAGGGACAUCCGUCUGCUGUUUUCCAGGAAGUCCAUGGAGGUGGAUAGUGGUGCUGCCUACGAACUCCAGUCUUUCACAGAGUCCCCCAUCGACCCACCGUUCUCCCCCCGCUGCUGAGGUCCGAUGCCCUCCCACGUCCGCCUGGCAGGCCGCUACUGAAGCUUCAGACAAAUCUCGAUGCCAGCGAUAGACUCUUAUUCAGUCCGGGAGCCCCCGCGGCUCGCGUUUGGGGAAGAGACGAGGUCCAAGGACUGCAGUAAGCACGUCUCUCCUGGCUUGUGUUCAGAAACUUGACGUUUCAUCCCUUCCGUCUCUCAAAACUGACGAGGGGGCGGUUCUAAAGGCCGGAGAAACUCGUAAGGCAUGAACCUGGCUCUCUGUGAGGAACACAGCCCGAAACGGAGAGGAUCUACUCUGAGUGUGUUUCUGAUGUUGUUACUCUGGUCAAGAAGUUCUUACCAGACUUGAUAGGUUCUGUUUUCCCUGCUGUUAUGUGUUUCCCCUCCAGCGUCUGGCAGGAGAGUAGAGACCAGUGAUCAUCCACACAAGCAGUCAGAUUAAAAAAAGAAAGGAAAAAAAAAAAAAGAGCUCAGGAUAGUAAAUUUUGUUGACACAAAUCAAAAUGUUAAUCGGACCUCUGUGGUGUUAAAUCCUAAUUAAUUUUAAUUGAAUAAAAAGGCACUUUGAAAUUAGAAAAAACAAAACAAGAUUUGAGAUUUUUAAAUCCUUGAAGAUCAGAUUGACUGGACUGAGAGUGAUGUGGGUUGUGGCCUUGUGAUCCCGGAGCUCGGGGCGGAGGGAGAGCAGACGGAGGAGGACCCGGGCGGCAGACUGCGGAGCAACACAAACUGUGGACCACCAGAGGAGCAAUCACGAUGGACUCACGUCAACGCGUCACAGCAGAACAUCAGAAGUGCACUGUGUGUUUUUUUUCUCUCAUUAUAACUGGAAAAGAAACAGAAAAUAGUCAUAUUCUAAUACUUUUGUACUGUUACAGAACCACUUUAUUGGAAGUGUUGCAAUAGAAAGAAUAACCUUAGUUUAGUGUUUACACAUUCACUUUCAGUUUACCUUAUCAUCCGUUUAUUUAAUAUUUAAAUUAAUAUUUCAGUUACUACUUGUGACGUCUGUCAUGCUAAGAUGAUGUAGUGCAAACUGUAUAUCAUAGUAUGUAUUUUUGACAUCAAUAUUCAAAUCUAAAAAAAAAUAUAUCUAUAUCUUCUAAAUCAA